UACUGGAGCAGAAGAGAACAAACAAUGUAACAAGAAGGAAUAACCAGGAGGAUGCUAGGACCACUGACAUGGGAGAAAUUAUAUUUUAAUUAUACUGACAAGUUAAAGGAGUAGAUGCCUUCAUUAACCAAUAACCACCUCCAGGCUUCAGUAUUACAGCUAAAGUGUUAUGAUCCCAGCAAAAUGAACAAAUAAUCAAACCUACUGAUGCCUAUAAAAGAAUACUAUGCCUGCACCAAGGCAUAACACUCCUAUACACAGAAAAAGCAGUGGGAUAGAAAGAGGAGCGAGAUGGCAAGUGAACAGACCAAGAUUUUGCCACAGGGGAAGGUGACAAAUGAGGAUACCGAGAUGUUGUCAAAGAAAAAGAUGGAAAAUGAGAUUACCAAGAUGUUGCCAGAGAAAGAGAUGGCAAAUGAGGAGACCAAGAUAGUGCUGGAGGGCGAGUCUGCAGAUGGGGAGACCAACAUAUUGCUGAAGAAAGAGUCUGCCAAUGGGGAGACCAAAUUGUAUUGCAUGGACAGUGGUGAUGGCCCUUACAGCUAUGCCAGAUGUUCCUGUUCUCAGAAAGAUUUAGUGGAUGCUGCAACGAAAGAAAUGGAAAAUGAGGAUUCAAAGAUGUUGCAAGAGAAAGAGAUGACGAAUGGGAAGACCAAGAUGUUGAUGGACAAAGAGGUUUCAAAUGGGGAGAGUUAUCACAUGAACAGUGGUGAUGGUCCUUACAGCUAUGCCAAAUAUUCCAGUUAUCAGAAAGCUAUAGUGGAUGCUGCAAAGAAGAUGUUAGUUGAAGCAAUAUCAGACAAUCUUGACAUCAACAAUCCAUCAUUUGGUUCUUCCAACACAUUAAGGAUUGCUGACAUGGGAUGUUCUAUUGGUCCCAAUGCAUUCAUUGCUGUGCAAAACAUUGUAGAAGCUGUAACACUUAAAUACCAGUCCAUGCAGCAAAAGCCUCAAGCCUUGGAAUUCCAUGUUUUCUUCAAUGAUCACAUAGCCAACGAUUUCAAUGCUCUCUUUAGAUCCCUACCUCCCUCACGGCCAUACUUUGCGGUUGGAGUGCCUGGUUCUUUUCAUGGUCGCUUGUUUCCUAAGUCCAGUCUCCAUAUUGUACACUCAUCAUAUGCACUGCACUGGCUAUCUAAGGUUCCAAAAGAAGUUAUGGAAAUAAACUUUCUUGGUUUGAAAAAUGGGAGAAAUUAUAGUACUACUGAUGAAGAAGUUCUGGAGGUAUUUUCCAGUCAGUACAAGAGAGAUAUGCAGUCCUUUCUGACUGCUAGAGCACAAGAACUUGUUGGAGGAGGUUUGAUGGUAUUGUUAGUAACAGGUAUGCAGAACGGGGCAAUUUUUUCCAAAACUUGUAGCGGUAUGGUGUUCAAUCUUUUUGGAUCUUGCUUGAUGGACAUGGCCAAUGCGGGAUUAGUCAGCAACGAAAAGGUAUACUCCUUCCACUUCCCUCUAUACUAUACAACUCCAAAAGAGUUAGAGGCAUUGAUAGAGACAAAUGGAUAUUUCAAUAUUGAGAGAAUAGAAAUUUUGGCUCGCCCUUUGGAGCAUGAGUUACCUGACUACCGAAUUUGUAGCUUUCAUCUUAGAGCUGCCAUGGAGGGACUUGUUGAGGAGCACUUUGGAAAAGAGAUCAUUGAGGAUUUGUUUGAACGCUACACCAACAAACUUGGAGAGAAUUCUUUUAUAUUUGAUGAGGAAUACCGUAAAGAGACUCAUUUAUUUGUCUUUCUUAGGCGCAAAAUUACGGAAUAUUCAAGUGAAGAAAAACCAGAAGCAGAAAUUGGAAGUGAAGAAGGAAAGAAAACUCUGAAUCAACAACUUGAUGUGUAGAUAAAUAAUGAUGUAUUAUAUUUUCUUAGUUGCUUGGACUUAUGUUUAAAGAAGUGAUGGAAAUGAUAGUUGGAAUGGAAAUUCUACCAUGUUUGGAGCUC